GACAGGUUUAUCACGAUAGACAAAUAUUUCGAAGUCGUUUUCGACCAAUGCCCUUCUCAUUCAGGAACGCAGCAUUGCAAACCACAGGGCUCAUCAUGUUGAUCCGUGCUUACAAGUGUUUGGUAACGGAUCUCCGUUCAGUGUUUCUGGCCACACUCGCCAUGCUCCAAACCCGUCGGCUAGGAAACUGUCACGGGCCGUUGGGAUGAGCUUUUCGCAGGGCUCAGACUUGGACUCAUCCGAUGAACUCACCCCUGGCCUUAGCUCACCGGCCUCCUUCGAAGAAUGUCCCCUCGCAGCCUCUAGGCUAGCGUUGGUGGUCGGUCUGCAAGACCACCGACCUGCCGCCUAGAUGGGGACCUGCUUCUUCUACGCCGAUCUCACAAGGCGCGUUCCUCAUAGCACACACAAUACCGUCAACAAGCUUCCAGCUGGCUGGGUGAUGUUGCCGCUCGAUCUUUUUUUCUUCUCAAUUUCCUUCUGACGUAUGAUCUCGUCUUCGUUAAUCAGAGAUAUAUUUCUCCGACACUUCUGGCCACUUUCGUUUGUGACACGCAGGUUGCAUCUCUCGUUUGCAUACCUUACCUAUUUGACCCUUCACACCACACUCACUUCAAUCUUUGUUUCAUUGCACCUUGACUUCAAAAUAUAGCAGACACCUACCAUCGAACCAUGGGGCCGCCCUCCUUCCUUAUGAGGAGCAAAUCUGACGAUUCCUUCUUGAGCAUACUUUCCACCAAAGAGGAGAAGUCGCUUCUUCCAGCGCCAGUACACCGAAAACCAAAAAUCAGAGUACGAACGCUUCUAGGCCAUUGCUUAUAUCGUAGGGUGAUAUUAUGGACUGCCGGCAUUCUAUUUCUCUUAUGCUUAGCGCUUUCAUCACCAGGGGGUCGCCAACGCCGCCAAAGGCUGAUGGAGUUGGUGGACUUGAGCCAUCAGGAUGUGAGAAGCAGCGGUGGUGAGGGUGAAGCACCAACAGUUGCCAAGGACACAGAGGGUGUGAUUUUUGUAGUCUCCGCGGGAGAUGCGCCACAGGUUCAAGUUCAGGGGGAGCACAUGCCGACCUGGUUGCGAUUUAGACACCUUGACGGUUUCUUCAAUGGUCUCAAAGCCCUAGUGCCAGCAAACGAACACAUACCGGAGUAUCCCAGGAAGCCGGGUGAGGCGUCACCGUUCCCACUCACGCUAUCUUACACCGGCUUGCCGACCCCGACGCCCUACGUACCUCAACCUGACUAUGAAUCGCCGGAAUACAUCUCCCAGUACCACGCCGUCGAAAAAUGUUACCUCGACAAGGAACGGAGGAUUCCGGUUCCCGAUCUGUUUGCUUACAAUGGCGUUGUCCAAGGCCAGCCAGAACCCGCCAUGGGCUCGCGCAACUUACUGGGACUUCGUGACGAUGUUUGCUUUGACAGAUUCGGUCGAUACGGGCCUUAUGGCCUUGGAUAUAGCUUUGACGAGGGAGGUGCAUUUGUUGGCACUGACACAGAGCAGGAAGGCAGCAGUACGGUUUGGGAAAAGACCGGCAAAAUUAACUAUGAAAACAUGGACUGGGGCGAUGCCCAGACGCGCUGCUACGAAUCGAACAAGAAGCGCUUCACCGACCCAGCAGCACCAACAAAAACUGCAGCAGUUUCAGGCCAACUUCAUCAACGGUCAUUUUUGCGCAACGAGCGGCAGAAGAUCCCCCGGACGGCCGUGGUCAUCAGGGCCUAUGUUGGGUUUCAGUGGACACAACACAACAUCUUGAACUUCCGGGCCCUGAUAUCUGAACUGGCGCUCAAAUCUGGCGGGGAAUACGCCGUACACUUCCUCCUCCACGUGCGCAACAAUAACGAGGCCAUUUGGGCCGACCCCAUGACGGCCCAGCGCAUCCUGGACGAGAACAUUCCCCAAGAGUUCCACGGUCUCUGCACGCUAUGGUCGGAAGCCCAAAUGCGCCUCUACUACCCAGGAAAUUUUGGGGGCAGCUUCCAGAACCCCAGCGGUGGUGAUAUUCAUGGUGUUUACCGCAGCGCCCAUUUCCCUCUGCAGCACUUCGCCAUGCAGCACCCCGAGUAUGAAUAUUUUUGGAACUGGGAACUCGACAUGCGCUGGUUAGGGAAUUACUAUGAGCUCUUUGAUCGCCUCAGUGCCUGGGCCAAGGAACAGCCCCGUAACGAACUGUGGGAGCGCUCUGCCAAAUACUACAUCCCUUCCUACCACGGCUCUUGGGAGAACUUUACCUCCUUGGUGCAUAAUGAGACCUUGAACAGCGGACGCGAGGCCACCUACGGCCCAGUUCAGUUCCCCGGCCGCCAACCCCUCCGAUCAGAACUCCGAGGCGAGAGCUUCAUGCCCUCCAAUUGCGAUCCAAACGACAAAUCCGACACCGAGUGCGGCAAAGGCGAAGAAGCCGAUCUCAUCACUCUGAACCCGCUAUUCGACACGGAGCACUCGGGCUGGGUCUUUUCAACGGAUGUCACAGGAUAUAAGCGCUCCUUGCCUCUGCCUCCGAGAAGAUGUAGCAUCAUCACCGCUAGCCGGCUCUCCCGUAGAUUGCUGAACACCAUGCACGAGGAGACCUGGAGACUGAAGCACACCAUGUUUGCCGAGAUGUACCCCGCCACUAUGGCACUUCACCACGGGUUGAAGGCCGUCUAUGCCCCUCACCCUGUUUACUUGGACCGAGAGUGGGAGAUUGAAGCGAUUGACAAGGCUUUCAACGGCGGGAGGGACCACACUGCUGGCGGGCACGGUUCUCCGUUUGACUUGAACAACGAGCAUAAUCACAAGGGGAGCAGCUGGUACUACAAUAGUGAGUUUGCUGGCUUGCUUUGGAGGAGGUGGUUGGGGUAUGCGCAGUUUGAUGGCCGGGGAAAGAAUGGUGGACGGUCAGGGGAAGGGCAAUUAAGGGGUGGGAAAGAGGAGGAGGAGAAGGCGGCUGGGACGGGCAGGUUGUGCUUGAGGAGCAUGUUGGUUCAUCCUAUCAAGUGGGAGCAUCCUAGUGAGCUGGAUUGAGUUCCCAGAGCAGCAUGUUUGGAGUCUUUUUUUUGAUAAGGCGGGGAAGGGAGUGGCAAAGGGCUGGUUGAACCUUUGCUGUUGGGAUAUCCGGUAAUAAGGGCUGCAUAAUUGGGUGGACAGGUGGCAUAAAAGUAGCAUUUUUUGCGGUCGUGUUUGAUAAUGUAUAUGCUUCUUUCUUUCUUUUGUUAACAAGCUAGCCGUAGUUUUGAUAGGCAUUGAAGCAAUGUUUUCUUCCAA